GUUGGUUACAACAAAAGAGAAUGACAAGAAAGUGUCCAUCUAUUCAAUUCAUUCCAACCCUAUCAAUUCCAACGAGUUCUGUUUGGGUGGUAGAGAUCACUUUGUACGAGUGUAUGAUAAAAGAAAAAUCAAUGAGGAUGUAAACAGCGGCCUGUUGAAGAAGUUUGCACCACACCAUAUUUUGGGUGCAGGAAAUGAUAAUAUUAAGGCAAACGUCACAUGUGCAUGCUACAAUUAUAAUGGUUCAGAGAUACUUGGUACCUACAACGAUGAAGAUAUUUACCUGUUUAAUAACCAAGAACCGGACACGGCUAAAUAUUUACAUAGAUACCGAGGUCACAGAAAUAACCAGACCGUGAAAGGCGUCAACUUCUACGGCCCGGAGAGCGAGUUUAUAGUCAGUGGGAGCGACUGUGGACAUAUUUUCCUGUGGGAUAAGGCCACAGAAAAUAUUGUACAGUUUAUGGAAGGAGACGAGGGCGGAGUUAUAAAUGUUUUGGAACCACACCCGUAUGCUCCGAUUUUAGCAACAAGUGGACUGGAUCAUGAUGUGAAAAUCUGGGCACCUACGGCAGAAAAUCCAACCAAUCUGAAAGGCCUCAAAAAGUUAAUAAAACGUAACUCCAGAGAACGUGAAGAAGAGCGUACAAAUGAUGGAGGAAUGAUUGAUGGUUCUAUGCUGUGGUUUAUUAUGCAUCACUUAAGACGGGGGCGAAGACAGAGAGCUCGCGAAGCUCGUGCCGCUAGAGGAGAACCAUCUCCCGACGUUGAGACGUCAGACACACUCAGCGACGAAGAUCUAUCGACUGAUGACGAGUCUGAAAGUGAAGGGGAAGGCGAACCACGUGAUGCAAUCUCAUGUAACCCAUCGUAAAAAGUUAACAAUAUCGUGUCAAAAUCAAAGUGCACGUUUUCUUCUCCACUUUACGAUAUAUAUUGAUCUGUAUAAAAUCUUAAACUUUUGGGGGAAAACCAUCUUUGCAGAUAUGUUGACCACAUGUGUAUCAGUUUUACUGACAUUUUCAAUAGCAAAUAGAUACAAGAGCCAAUGAAUAUUGCAAAAUAACUAUCAUUAUGUUUAGUCAGAAAAUUUCAUGUUUAACGUUCAUAUUGCAUUGCGCUAACUUUGAAGUGCUUGCUUAAAGAUGAGCUUCAUCUCAUGAAGGAUUGUAUGAUUAAUACAUUAUGGUUGAAUAUUUGAUCACGAUGAUAUAUCUUGCCUGUUUAGUCUAUCACUAUUUUGUGUUUUUGGUUCUGGGUAAAAACUUGAUUCAUCAUCCCGACUGAAUAGUUCUUUCUGCUUAAUUCUUUGAUGGUAUGGACAUGCAAUUAACAUGUAAAUGUUUGUUUUUUGGCUAUGUAGUUUAUUGUUUUAUACUGUGACUGGUAUUGACAUACUUAUAUGUUUAAGGUAUAGAGUUAACAUGUUAUUUAACCAAACAUACUUUGUUUUUGUAUAUAUAAAAUAGAUGAUGUAUAUAAUAUUUUGAUAACAUUUUGAUUCAUGUUACUUAAUUGUAUGUGCACAAGUUAAAAAAAACAGAAUAAAUGAC